UCGGCGGCCUGCAGCAAGCCUUGGGUGUUUUAAACGACGCCGCCGGGGACCUCGGCGUGCCUGGCUUGCAGAAGGGUUUGACUGGCUUGUCGACCGUGCUUGCGAUGAUCUAGAAAUCGCAUGGGAAUACCGAAGACAUCGACGAUUUGGCGAAGAAGGUCGGAGACUUGACCGCAAUGGUGAAGGAAUGCACAGAGUUACAUGGAUCAAAUAUAUCCUCUCCAAUGCAGGCGAGAGUAGACCGAUUGUUAUCCUCCUGGAAGGCAAUCAACGACGAGGCUGUAGAUCUCAAGUCCCGCAACAAGCUGCUGAGAGUAUUGAAGGCCGAUGAGGAAGCAGGGAAGAUCACUAGCUUUGUGCAGAAGUUGUCCUGGUCAAUACAAAGUUUCAUGGUGGAGGGUACCCUGGCUAUCGAGUUUGCUCUGGAUGACCAUGCGCGCUUCUCGAAAGAGAGUUCCCAGCGUGUCGAGAAGAAGCUUGAUGUUAUCCAAGACGACAUUCAACGUCUGCGAAUGCUCUCCCGUCCUGAGGGUAACUCCGUACCACCCUAUGCGGUCUCGGCACGAUUCGAAUGUCGCCCGGAGCGCACAGCUUGCCUCGAAGGGACGCGUACCGACACUUUGGAGAGUGUCUCUACCUGGGCAGUCGGUCGACAGGCAACGGGCCACGCAGAUGCUGCUGCUGUAAACACCAUUCACGAUCGAAGAAAUGUUUACUGGCUAAAUGGCUUUGCUGGUGCCGGCAAGACAACGAUUGCAUAUACUAUCGCAGAACGCUGUCACGCGCAGGGCAUCCUAGGCGCAAGCUUCUUCUGUUCUCGCUCGGAUACCGACUGCAGCAGCCCGACAAUGAUCUUCACGACAAUCGCGUACCAGCUCGGAUUGUUCUACAGACCCCACCGGGACCUGGUUGCAGAGAUACUUCAGAAGGACCCCCUUCUAGUUUACUCUAGCGUCUCUCACCAGUUUGAGGAACUGAUACUGAAGCCUCUUACACAGCUCCGUGAUGCCUUUCCUCCAUGCGUUGUGGUAAUUGAUGCACUCGACGAAUGUCGAGAUCCCCAGAUCACAUCCGCAGUCCUAUCGACUCUGCUGAAGCACGCACAAGAUCUCCCCCCACUCCGGUUUUUCCUUACCAGCCGCCCCGAGCAGCAUAUCGUCACUAGCUUUGAUACUCCUGGCUAUCGUGAUGUCUUCAACAAGCUUCUCCUGCACGAAGUCGCAUUGGAGUCUGCCACCACCGAUAUCGAAUGCUACUUUACGGCAUCCCUGUUGGAUACCGCGAGGUGCUUCAAGCUGGCGGAGUCCUGGCCCGACAAAGCAGACGUCAAAAUAUUGAGUCAGAUGGCGAAUGGUGUGUUCAUCUUCGCAGCGACCGUCGUCAAGUUCAUCGAAGAUCGGAACUACAACGACCCUGAGGGGCAGCUCAAGAUACUUACGUCCGCCGCCGUGUCUCGCGGCUCCCACCGAUUGCUCGACCACUUGUACCUUCAAGUGCUCAACACCGCAUUCUCGACGUGUCGAAGGGCCUCUCAGGACGUGUAAAAUCUGUCCUAGGCUCCGUCGUAGUUAUUAAGGAUCCGCUUCCUCUUUCCGGUCUUGCUCAUCUGGUCGGACUUUCGUCUGGUGCAGUUCAUAACUCACUCAUGGGUCUUCAUUCCAUUCUCGUCGUCCCGGAGCUCGAAGAAUCUGCAUCAAGUAUCCGCAUCAUCCACCCGACCUUUGCCGAGUUCCUACUGGACCCCGACCGUUGCACAAGCCGCUCAUUCGUCACUAAUUCACAGCGACAGCACACGCUGUUGCUCCACGGAUGUCUCGAAGCUUUUAACGAGCUCAAACGAGAUUUGUGCGACAUUCGAGACCCUUCCCUACUCAACAACGAGAUCCACUCAACAACGAGAUCCCUGAUCUGUCGAGUCGCUUGGAAAAAGCGAUCCCUCCUCACUUGAGGUAUGCGUGUCGGCACUGGACCACUCAUCUUUUGAACGGGGAGCUUUCGGACGAAAUCAUAGACGGGCUUCUGGAGUUUACAGAAAAGCGACUACUGUACUGGGUCGAAGCCUGCAGUCUUCUCGGGCUGUUGAGAGAUGCUAUCUCUGCUCUCAAUGAGUCUCAGCGCAGGCUUGUGGACCUUGACGAUGAACGGACUUGGCAGAUUGCGCUCCUCUUGAACGAUUGCGAACGGCUCAUCGUCGGCUACUUUCCCGCUAUCAGUGGUUCGGCCUUGCAGCUGUACUACUCGGUUCUGUCGUUCAUCCCGGGACAAACCACGCUUGCGGAGGUGUAUGCGGGGGAGUGUGUCGAGGGGAGCUCCAUCGGGGUUUUCGAAGGCCGGACGGCAUUGUGGAACGCCUGCCUGGGCACGGUCAUCGCACAUGGGGGCACGUAUGUCAUCGCUGUUGACUUUUCGCCUGAUGGCAAGACAAUUGUCUCGUCAGGAGAAGAUACCAAGAUCCGACUCUGGGACGCACUCACUUGCACCUUGCUUUUGGUUUUAUCCGGUCAUUCGGGCGCCGUUCGCUCUGUCAAAUAUUCCCCUAGACGGGACUCACAUUGUUUCUGCUGCCGACGAUGGUACGGUCAAGAUCUGGGACGUCGUGUCUGGCAUCCUUGUCCGCACCUUGACAGAGAGCAUGAGUCCCGUUUUCUAUACUGCCUUCACUCCCGACGGUGGGCGUAUCAUAUCUGGCUCCGCGGAUCACUCCCUUAAGAUCUGGGAUGCUGUCACAGGUUCUUGUUUGACUACCCUGACAGAGCACCAGGCGGCGAUCACCUCCGUUGCUAUAUCCCCAGAUGGCCUUUGGAUGGCGUCAAGCUCAUCGGAUGUCAUUUAUCUGUGGAGCUUGGAGGCUCCGCACGCUUAUCGUAUCUUGAAGCCGAAGGGCGCGUCCAGAUAUGCUGUCGCUUUCUCCCCAGACAGCUCCCAGGUUCUGACUGCUCCCAGUUCCGGAUUCGAUGGCCAGCUUGCCGCGUGGGAUGUUAAGACCGCAAAAUGUCUUCGCAAACUCAAGUCGUCAGGCUGGCCCUACCUGAGCGUCAAUGGUAUCGGCUUUCCCGCGGCAGGAGACCAGUUCGCAUGCGGGUCUCACAGCCACACGGUCCUCGUCCUAGACCUUGCUCGUGGUGAGCUUCGGCGGAUAUUCGCUGGUCACACUGAGCUUGUUACCUGCGUCACGUACAACCGAGAUGGAACUCGCGUCGCAUCUGGCUCCCGGGACGGUACUGUCCGGUUAUGGGACGUGGCGAAGUACGCCAUGAAUGUGGCGCAGCCCAGAAAUUCGAGCUGGUACUCCGACCUGGGGGCGAACACUCUAGAUAACUACUCUACCGUGUUCUCUCACCAUGGGGCCCGCGCACUAUCAGGAAUCAACAACUGGACGGUCGAAGUGGAGAAAACGGAUACGUGGGAUUGGGCCUGCGAGGCUCUGGAUAUAGAUGCAGACAUUCUCUGCACGGCGUUCUCGCCAGACGAUUCAGCAAUCCUCGCAGCCUCGGUGGAUCAUGGCAAAGUGGCGCUGUGGGACACUGCUACAGGAUCGCUGCGCGCCGAAUUCGCAGGUACCUGUCACAACAGUGUGCUAUUUCCGGACUGGGCCACCAACGAGAGAAAAGGGCACCCUCGUCCUGAAGACGGACUUAUGUGGACCUGCGUUCUAGGCUACAUGCCGCACUGCUUCGGUGGCCAGUCCUCAUCCAUGAUGUUCUCGCAUGAUAGCCGAUACGUCGUUACUGGAUCCAUCCUCCCUGGCACGAAAGACAAAGACACCCCAAUGAACUCUCCAGACACCUCCGCUCGCCUGUAGGACGUUGCGACGGGCAAACUCGUUCGUGAAUUCGUGGGGCACGAGGGCGCAAUCUACUGCGUUGCUUUCUCCCUUGAUAGCAGACGCAUCGCAACAAGCUCCGCCGACAAAACUGUCAUCGUUUGGGGCGCUUCCACCGGGCAGUCGUUGGCGACGUGUAGAGGACAUUACACGACCGCUUCUUCAGUGGCUUUCUCUCCUGACGGAAUACGUAUCGCGUCGGGGAGUGAAGGUGGUCGUAUCUUGGUGUGGAAAUCUGAGGACGGCUCAUCGCUCCAAUCGUUCGCGGGACAUACGAAGUCAGCAUGGUCGGUUGCCUUUACUCCUGAGGGGAGUGUUCUCAUUUCCUCCUCCGAAGACAAUACCGUACGUCUUUGGGACGAUGAAACGGCUGCUUGUCUCGUCAUCCUCAGUACAGAUACUUGGUAUCGCGCCAUCCGUCUAUCCCCUGAUGGCUCGGGUCUUGUAGUCAACGACGACGGGCGGGUCGUUCGGCUCUGGGCCCUUCCCGACGCGGACGCAAAGACGGCGUCAACACCGCUUCCCUGGCUUUCGCGCCGCGUUUGGCCCAUGUACUACAUGGAGGACGGCUGGAUUAUGUCUCUGACCCCGUCUCGACGGAUGCGGAUGUGCUGGGUACCAACAGACUGGCAGAUCUUGAAGGGAUACUAUGGAAAUAAUGUUGUGUUGAAGCAUCGGCGUAAGUUAAAUUUUUCAGGGCUGACGAGAUACCUAGAGAGUCUGCGCAGUGAUAAUAUAUAACAGAGUAUUCGAUGUAUAUAAA